AUGGGAGAUCAAAUGGAAACUUCAUCCUCUACACCAUCGAUUGAUCCAACAACUAUUCAAAACGUUUCAAAUUUUAAUAGUGCACUGACAGCUUUAGAAGAUGCAUUAAGACCUGUAUUCGAACUCGAUUUUGAUCAACAUAAAGAUAGGUCAGCGUUGGAAAUGGCUCGAGCGGAUUUAAUGGCAAUGUUUACACUCAAUGUUGCUGGAUGGACUAUGUGCGCUUUAAAAGGAGAAGAUCCUCAAGAAAAUUUCAAGCUUACCGAGGACUUAAAACGAACCAAAGAAUACAUUAAAAGAUUCAAAAUGAUAGAGUCCAGGAAAACCGCACCUCGUGUCAAUCCCACAGCCGCCAAGAAUUUCGUCCGAAACGCUUUAUGGGAAAUCCCCCCUACCCCCACGGACAGAGAUGAUAAAGCUGAUAUUUAA